UAGGAGGUUGAUGAUAUAAGAAAGAAGUAGGUGGCACAAAAAACAUGUGAAGACUGAUGAGCCGUAGGAUGUGUAGUAGAUAAGGAGACUAACUAUAUUACAGGAAAUCAAGUCAAAGUUACAAUAAUAACUGCAAUGCGUCUUACAUGUGUUGCUUGUCAUAUUAUUAACCUAACAACUUUUUUCGUUAGACAUGAACAAAUAUAUAUAGUACGCAACAAUUUUAAAAUAAAAUCCACACAAAAAAACAUACUUCAGUUCAGUAAAAGAAUAUUACUAUUACUAAGCAUCAUGUUGUCGGUCAGCACAAGCCGUGGCCAUCUCCUAUAUAAGCUCUGUUCAUCUUCUUCUCCACAUAACAGCCAUUCCCUCCUCUCUUCUUCCAAUCACAAAGAUUCAAUGGCUCCCUGCAUCGACACUUUCAGAACAUGUAAACCCCAGCUUUCUCAUGAAGACAACUCUCGGUUCUGUUACAUGAAUCUCUUCCGACCCGUUCAUCUCCCUUCACGAGCACCCAUCACUAACUCCCUGGACGGUGGUGAUGUCUGGCUCAAGAUGCUUGAAGAAGCCAAAUCCGACGUUGAGCAAGAACCCAUUUUGUCAAGCUACUAUCACGCUUCCAUUACAUCGCAUCCAUCGUUAGGUUCCGCUUUGGCGAACAUUCUCUCGGUAAAGCUCAGCACUUUAACCUUACCAAGCAACACCCUUUUCGAGAUGUUCAUCAGCGUUUUAGAAGAAAGCCCAGAGAUGGUGGAGUCGGUGAAGCAAGACCUAGUAGCAGCAAAGGAAAGAGACCCAGCUUGCUUAAGCUACGUCCAUUGCUUCCUAAGCUUCAAAGGCUUUCUCGCUUGUCAAGCUCAUCGUAUCGCUCACAAGCUCUGGUCCCAAGACAGAAAGAUCCUUGCUUUACUCAUCCAAAACAGAGUAUCCGAAGCUUUCGCCGUCGACAUCCAUCCGGGAGCCAAGAUCGGAAAAGGGAUUCUGUUAGACCACGCAACGGCCGUGGUGAUCGGAGAAACGGCGGUGGUUGGAGACAACGUUUCGAUUCUCCACGGCGUGACGCUGGGAGGAACAGGGAAACAGUGCGGCGAUAGGCACCCCAAGAUCGGGGAUGGGGUCUUGAUCGGAGCAGGGACUUGUAUACUAGGGAAUAUAACAAUCGGAGAGGGAGCUAAGAUUGGAUCGGGGUCGGUGGUGCUUAAGGACGUGCCGCCGCGAACAACGGCGGUUGGAAACCCGGCGAGACCGAUAGGUGGGAAAGAGAAUCGGAGAAUGGUUGAUAAGGUUCCAGGUUUGAGUAUGGACCAGACUUCGUAUUUGACCGAGUGGUCUGAUUAUGUCAUCUAAACCAACUGUAGUUAUUCCCGGUUGAUCUGAUUUUAUAAGUACUCUUUAACCAAAAUUUUGUAUAUAGCUCAACUGUUUGUUGGUGUUCAGUUACGAUGAUCCGAGAGUAAUAAUAUGAACUAGAUUUUGAUUCGAUUUA